GAGUGUUUAUGUGGUGGAGGGUUGAAUAAGAAAGUCGAUAUUUGUUUUGUUUAGGAUAUUUGUCUAUGUGAUAAUGUGGGUGUUGUGUUUCGCUUGUCAUAUUGGUGCUUGCGUUGAUGAUUAUAUUCAAUGCUACUGUGAAUGUGACAGUGGAGUGUUUGUUAUCGAUGUGAUGAUGAGUAUGUAACAUUUUGUGUAAUUGUUUUUGUAUACUUUCAGAAUCGUUUUCCCCAUUGAGAUUGAGCGAGUCUGUGUUAGCAGAGCCCAUAGUUGAGAAAGGUCCAUCGUUUUCUGAAAAUAAGACGAUAAAUUUUAAUCUGCCUUCUCUUCCCAUAAAUGUCACUGCUUCAUCCAGUACCUUUCCACAAUCUAUAUCGGCUGUACAACAACUGUGCUCUGUAAAGUGUACUACGAGUAAAAAGCGUCGUCUUCUUGGGGAACAAGAUAGGAUUUCUGCCUUAAUGUCAUUAAAUGAAUUCGAGGACGAUUAUAAAUCAGAAGCGCAUCGAAUUUCAAAUAAAACUCGACUAAGUCGACUGACAUAUUCUCGUGGUUCAAGUGAUAGUAAAUUGUAUCCGGAGACUGUUGACUCUGUUUUACCCUCAAUCAAACCAGUUAGCAUAAUUAUCACAGAUUGUCUCCUUGAAUCAGAAGAUGAUGAUGAUAUUGUUGAUUCCAGGCAAUUAGUGAAGAAGCGUCGAAAAAAUAGUGUUGUUUUAGAUGAAGAGAAGAAUGUUUCGAGAGAUAAUAGCGAGAUGUUGGAGCCAUCGGUGUCCUCUCUCCAAGGAUUAUCACCGAUCCCUUACCGUUGUGAAGAUGAUGUUGCGAUUCCAGACGUUGUUGCUUCAGAUGGAGUAAAACAUGCUUCGAGUGAUGGUAUGGUGAUGUUGAAGCUACCAGUGUCCUCUGUCCAGACAUUGUCACCGAUCCCUUACCGUUAUGAAGAUGAUGAUGCGAUACCAGAAGGUGUUGUUUUAGAUGAAGAGAAGAAUGUUUCGAGAGAUAAUAGCGAGAUGUUGGAGCCAUCGGUGUCCUCUCUCCAAGGAUUAUCACCGAUCCCUUACCGUUGUGAAGAUGAUGUUGCGAUUCCAGACGUUGUUGCUUCAGAUGGAGUAAAACAUGCUUCGAGUGAUGGUAUGGUGAUGUUGAAGCUACCAGUGUCCUCUGUCCAGACAUUGUCACCGAUCCCUUACCGUUAUGAAGAUGAUGUUGCGAUACCAGAAGGUGUUGUUUUAGAUGAAGAGAAGAAUGUUUCGAGAGAUAAUAGCGAGAUGUUGGAGCCAUCGGUGUCCUCUCUCCAAGGAUUAUCACCGAUCCCUUACCGUUGUGAAGAUGAUGUUGCGAUUCCAGACGUUGUUGCUUCAGAUGGAGUAAAACAUGCUUCGAGUGAUGGUAUGGUGAUGUUGAAGCUACCAGUGUCCUCUGUCCAGACAUUGUCACCGAUCCCUUACCGUUAUGAAGAUGAUGUUGCGAUACCAGAAGGUGUUGUUUUAGAUGAAGAGAAGAAUGUUUCGAGAGAUAAUAGCGAGAUGUUGGAGCCAUCGGUGUCCUCUCUCCAAGGAUUAUCACCGAUCCCUUACCGUUGUGAAGAUGAUGUUGCGAUUCCAGACGUUGUUGCUUCAGAUGGAGUAAAACAUGCUUCGAGUGAUGGUAUGGUGAUGUUGAAGCUACCAGUGUCCUCUGUCCAGACAUUGUCACCGAUCCCUUACCGUUAUGAAGAUGAUGUUGCGAUACCAGAAGGUGUGUGUUCUUCUUUGGUGGGAGAUAAUGAUUUUCAGAAUUCUUCAAGAAGUUUGUCAAAUUUGCCUAUCAUACCUAAAGGUCGUCCGAGUGUGACAUUCGCGCCAAUCGUUGUAUAUUUUGAUAGUCCAGAUAAUUCUCAACCCAGAGUAUCUGUUGGUCCGAUUGCUCGUGAGGAGAGUGAUCUUGCUCAUUUUGAUUGCGAACUGUCGGAAAAGCUAAUUCAUCAAGAAGGUUCAUUGACUCAGAGUGAAAAUAAAGAGAAUAUUGGAUCCUUUUUUGAAUCGACUGCGUUAUCUAGCAUUCAAGACUCAAAUUAUCCAUCUCCAUCCACUUCCUCGUUACCGUUAUCAAGAAUUAAACUUCCGUGGUGUACUCCAUACGAUUGCCAGUUUUUACCAUUCAAAUCAAAACGACCUCCUACUAAAAGUUUUAUACAAAGUGAUGGCCAUUUAAGACGUAGUAAACGACUACGUGUACCAGCUACACAUGAUAGGAAUAAAGUAGUUGUUUAUGAACCGGAUAAAGAUGAAUAUGGUUUAGUUUAUCAAAAACCAAUUGGAUUAGCUAUAUUACCUGACCCAGAUGAAAUUAACAGACGUCAAAAAUUUCUCAAUCGUUUGAAACGUUGUCAAAAUAAUCGUACUCAGUUUUUAAGAAAUGAGAAAAUCAAUCGAGCAAAACGCCUUCAAAAACUGGCCAAACGUUACAGAUCACUGAAAGGUGCACAAAAACCUGAAACAGAUCCAUGUAUGCGAAUUCAAUUGGAUCCAGAUGUUGAAUGGAUAUCACAUACAGAAACACAGUUGCCUAUCGGGAUCAAUGAUGCAUCUCCUUUCCAACAGGUGAUAUAUCCAGAAAAUGCACAAUUUUCUCCAUUCAAAUUUUCUACUAUGGAAUACUCGAGUUACGUAGUUCCAGCUUUAUCUGGUGCUUUUCCAAGUAGAACUAAGACUCGUAUACCUUGUUUUGAAAUGAAUGCAAAUCUGACGAGGAUUGUCAGUAAGGAACAAGAAAGACGUCAACUUCAUUAUGAUCCGAACGCCAUAAAUGUAUUCAAAAUGAUGUCAAGUCCUCCUGUUCUUAUGAAUAAUAACAGUUCUUACAGUCUUUAUGCUGUACAGAUUGCGAAAUUUGCCAUUCCUUUAACAAAACCUUGUAUCGUAUAUAUUCCAAAAGGUAUACCGUACAAAUUUUUAAAUGCAACAAAAGAGAACUUAAAUCUUUGUCGAAUAAGAUAUGUUUUAACUUGAUUCUUUUCUUUUAAAUAAUUUUAUGUAAUUUUAUCCGCUUCACUUCUGUC